GUCGCAACAAGCAGAUAUACAGAUCGAGAUCGCACUAACCGCUUCGGGAAAUGGACUCGGUUCGUUUUUGAUUUUCUGGCCGCGGGGAAAUCCGUCGUUUUUCACGUUGCGACACUCCACCUGCGUCGAGUUCAACCCCUUCACCCUUCCCUUGUUAUACCUCUUUCCCCUCCUAAUCCAAUUCUCGAUUCCAUUUUUCACCAUGGCCGCAGCCGUUGCAAACCCCCGCAAAUGCAUCGGGGUGGAUUGCGAGAAGGACGCCGGAACUCUGCAGUGUCCGACGUGCCUGAAGAUGGGCACAGAUAGCUUCUUCUGCUCGCAGGAUUGUUUCAAGCGGAGCUGGGGCGAACACAAGGCCAUUCACAAGACGAAGACCACGGGGCAGUACAACCCCUAUCCGUCCUUCCAGUACACCGGCUCGUUGAGACCAGUCUAUCCGCUGUCCCCCUACAGAAGCGUGCCGAAAUCCAUCCCCCACCCCGAUUACCACAAGGAUGGCUUCCCUCGAUCGGAGCAAAAAGUCCUCGGCCGACACAACGUCACUAUCUUGAACAAGCAGGAACAGGAAGGUAUGAGGAAGGUUUGCCGCCUCGCUCGUGAGGUGUUGGACAUUGCCGCGCGGGAAUUGAAGCCUGGUGUCACCACCGACUACAUCGACGAGGUGGUUCACAAGGCUUGUGUGGAGCGCAACUCUUACCCGUCGCCUCUGAACUACAUGAACUUCCCCAAGUCGGUAUGCACGUCGAUUAACGAGACCAUUUGCCAUGGUAUUCCCGACCAGCGACCACUCGAAGACGGUGAUAUUAUCAACAUCGACGUUACUCUGUACCAUGAAGGCUUCCACGGUGAUAUCAACGAAACUUACUACGUCGGCGAUAAGGCCAGGGCGAACCCAGAUGCCGUCCGGGUCGUGGAAACGUCGCGAGAGUGUUUGGACAAGGCAAUUGCGCUGGUGAAGCCCGGCAUGUUGUUCAGAGAACCUGGUAAUGUGAUUGAAGGCCACGCCAAGAGCCGUAACUGCAGCACCGUCAAGAGCUAUUGCGGCCAUGGUAUCAACCAGCUGUUCCACUGCGCACCCAACGUGCCCCACUAUGCGAAGAACAAGGCCGUAGGAGCCGCAAAGCCCGGAAUGUGCUUUACAAUCGAGCCCAUGAUCAACACUGGUACUCACCGUGAUCGCACAUGGCCCGAUGACUGGACCAGCACCACAGCGGACGGAGGCCUGUCUGCCCAGUUCGAGCACACCAUGCUUGUCACCGAGGAUGGGGUUGAAGUUCUGACUGCCCGUCUACCUGACUCGCCGGGUGGUCCUAUUCCUAUGCCCACUUCUGCAUGAGAAAAAAAGUUGAGGAUUUUAGAAAUUUGUUCGGGGGCAUAUUGCAUAUUAGAAUAAGAGAAAAGCAUUUACGACCAAUUCACGUCAUGUUGAGCAUUGCUGCAAUCACGUUUCCUCCAGCCUUUUUUUGUAGAGUUGAGCGAGUUUUUCGGCCCAGGUUUGAUGCUAAUGUUGAUGGUAGACGCAGGAAGGGUGCGACUAGAUGACGAC